CCCUGUCAAAUGGCUCGCAGGGAAAAUCGAUUUGAGGCUACAGAAAGCGAAGCUGGAUUUUCCUCUUCAUGCCCGCAAUCCGUCUUGCUUUUCUUGUACAUUUUUCGUCUCUUUUGCUCUUCAUCUUGACCGUCUUUCCGCUCUCCUUUUCUCGUCUUCCCUUGGUCAUUUCACUUUCUCUUCUCCACCUCCUUUACGCGGCAGGGUCUCGCUUGCUGCAUUGCCCUUUUCUCAGCCGCAGCGAGAAGACCUUUCUUCGUUUCUCUUCUCUUUCCUUUCUUCGUUUCUCUUCUCUUUCCCUUCUUCGUUUCUCUUCUCUUUCCUUUCUUCGUUUCUCUUCUUUUUCCUUUCUUCGUUUCUCUUCCCUUUUUUUCUUCUUCUCCCUCCAUCUCCCGUUCUUCUUGUCUCCUCCUUUCGCCUGUGCCGUGCACUGCGUGGCUGCGGCCUCCUUCUCUCCUGAAAGGACCUCUUUCCUUUUUCUCUCAGGUAAUUCAAGCAUCUUCCGAGCGUCUCUUUUCUCCUCGUCUUUCUCUCUCCUCUCUGUCUUUAAUGUGUGCCUCUUUUGCCUUCUGCCAUGGGGAAGGGAACGUCUCCAUUACCCGCUCUCUUCCCUCUUCACCCUUGCAGAAGGACCUCCUCAGCUUCGCUCUCUCUUUUCCCGCCUGCGUCGUUUCCUCUGAUUUUUCCUGUCUUUCCUGUCUUCUCCGAGCUUCUCUGCUCUCUCUCGCCUCGAUGCUAUUCUCUCCCAUCUGCAUCUGCAGCUGCUCGCCUGUCUCGUCAUCCUCCACGAACGGCUUCCCUCUCUCCAUCUCUCUGUUCUUCUCUCUGUUCUUCCCUCCCUCCAUCUCUCUGUUCUUCUCUCUCUCCAUCUCUCUGUUCUUCUCUCUGUUCUUCUCUGUGUUCUUCUCUCUCUCCAUCUCUCUGUUCUUCUUCUCGCCUGUCUUCUUUCCCCUUCCUGUCGACUUCUUCGCUUCGCUGCGGCGCAUCGUCGUCGUCCGUCUCUCCAGCCGCUGGCGUAUCUCCCGCGAGUUCUCCUUCUCUUCUUCUUUUCGCCUCGUCUCCUCCGUCUCUCGCUGCAGCCUAUGCUCCGCGUCGCCAGCUCCGCUACCGCGCAACGCGCCAGCGUCUCCGUCGCUCACGCGCUCGCAGGGCGGGAGCCGUUGCCUCGCUCCGGCUGCGGAGGGCAUUCCAGAGCUCGCAACCUGCGCCUGAGUCACGAAGAACAGGUGCGCUGUCGCCGGCUGCCGAACGGCGUCGAGCAGAAGACUCCCGCGACCGUGUCGAGACCUGCGCUGCCGCCUCCGAGAAACGCGACCCGAGCAGACAAGCCGCAGGUCGAAGGAAGCCGAUUGACGGCUUCGAGGCGAGGGCGGCCGAGCCUGCGUCGGCGCGGAGCGUCGAAGGGCGAAGGACCGCGAGUCAGCAGGAGAGGUCCAGAGCGUGGAGGCGUCGCGCCGAGAGCGGCAGAGAUGCAGAGCGCGAGGCGCGCGGAAGUCGCGCUCUCGAGGAAAAGAGUCCGAGGAGGCGAGAGGCAGCGACAGGUUUUCAACCGCGACUACGACGGAGGGAAGGCGCCUUGGACUCGGAGAAAGAGGACUACGCGACGCUCGUCGAAACUCUCAGAGCGUGCGACCGCGCUUACCACGUGCAUGGAUUCUCGCUUCUGCCGGACCCUGUCUACGACCAACUGAAGACACGACUGCUGCAGACUGAAGAGGCGCAUCCUUCCCUGGUGGAUCCAAACAGUCCCUCGUCCUACGUCGGCUCAGGGCCGUUCGCGGCUCGCGCCUCACUUGAUGACCUCUCGCCUUCGUCGUCGUUGUCAACUUCCUCUUUUCCUCUUCCUUCUCCCGCGGUCUGUGCUGAGGCGGAUUCCCGGUCUUCUCCGCCGUGUGCGUCUUCUCUUUCGUCGAGCGUCUCACCUUCUCUCCUUUCUCCGUCCUCUUCGCUCCUUCCUGCGUCUGCCGCUCCUUGCGACGCUCCGCCUUUGUCUGCGUCUCUCGCUCCUUGCGACGCUCCGCCUUUGUCUGCGUCUCUCGCUCCUGGUUCUCGCCUCGAUGGCGGACGCGCGUUUCUCCGGCCGAGAGAAGAGCCUCGCGUGCGACAGCAAACAGGCAGUGUUGGCGUCGAAGCAGACGCAGGGACGCGCGAUGCCCGGACGGUGUCGGAGGAGUCCAAAGUCAUUUUCGGAGCUCGCGGCAGGAGACGAGUUUAUCACCUUGCCCCCAUGUUGUCUCUGUCGGUGGUGCGAGAAGGCGCCGCCGACAGACACCUUCUCUACACGGUCUCUCAACUCUUCAAGCCUCUUGGACUUUCGUGGCUCCCUCGCGAAGCGGUGAAGAAGCGAAACAAAAAAGCAAAUGGAUGUUCCUCAGCAUGCACUACGUCUGCCAGCAUCAAGUCGUCUCCACCUUCUCCCGAGGCAUCGCGGCCUAUGCCCCCUCAGACGCCCUUCCCUGUCGCGUUUCUCGCCGAGCCGAAGAUCGAUGGCAUUUCCUGCGCUCUCAGAUUCCGCGCUCGCGUCCUUGACUCGGCACUUCGCCGCCCCCCGACGCUGCCUCUCGCUGGAGAUGUCGUCACUCUCUCAGUCACUGCGUCGGGCCUGUUCGGAGCCGUUCCACCCUCUGAAGGGGAAGACGCGCCGGCGUCGCCUGGCGCGAGCGCGUCUCUGGAGGACCUUUCCGGAGCGCCUGUUCAGUCAGCCUCUGCGUCGGCUUCGGCUGCUUCGUCGUCGCCUUCGACCUUCUCCUCGCUGGUCCUCUGGGAUUUCGUCGACGCCUCGUCUCGGGGAAAUGGCGUGUGGGGAGAGGACAUUUCGCACACCGUUCGCGCCAUGAGCGAGGCCGGUCGCCUGCCUCUCGCGUUCGCCACAAGGCUUCGCUCCGCUCAACCGCUUUCCCCCGCUACUCUCUCCCGCUGGCUUCUCGAGGUUCGCGGCGAAUUAUUUCUUUCUCGAAGCAAUUUUCGAGCCUACGUCGAACGGCGGCGAAGAGAAGGGAGAACGCCUCCCCUUCAUGAAAGACAUGCGGCAAGAGGAAUCGCCGACACCGGCGAGCAUGCAGACCUGCUUUCGUUCGCAGCCUACGGCCUUGUGGAAGGCACAGAUGAGACCGCAAAAGCACAAGUGAAUUCUCAGCAGCUCUUCGGGGGAGAAACAGAUCCCCUCCCGCUGGCGCCCGCGCCUGGAAGCCAUCCAGUCUCGAGUGUAUGUACACUUCGAGUUGGCGAGGCGCCGACGCCCGCGUCUGCCAUUUCUUCUCGAGUUCCCUAUGGCGCAGGUUCUGCUUCUCUGGAGAACCAGGCAGGCGGAGACUCUGUGGGCUCUUCGCGCAACGGCGGACCGACGCUGGUGGCAAGCGUGACUCGACAAGAGUGUGCAGAGACGCCGAAACGCAACGACCUCGCUGCUGUCCAUACACUCGCGACGCAAGAGGACCUUCUGGUCCUUCUCAAGCGUCUCGGAUUCUGCACGUUUCGAGCUUGGACGCGAGUCUGUGCGACUGUCGAUGAGAUUCACUCCGCCUUCGCCUUCUUCCACUCGCACAUCAACGGAGCGAAGGAGCGUAGAGAAGGCGAAGAGAACGCGGUGCCGCCUCUGAGGUAUUCGCGCAACCUGGAAGCUGCAGAAGAUCUCGUCAGAGAGUUCGAAACGCCUCAGAGUACUCUGGUCCCCUUGCCGCCCUCCCCCCUUUCUUGUGCUUCCUUCUCGGAGCUCUCGUCAUUCACUCUCCCUCAAUCGCUGUCGUCUUCUUCCGCCGACACUCCGAUCCUCGCUUCACCUUUGUCGUCGUCUGCCUCCUUUCCCCCGCUGUGGGAUCUCCCGGCGGAUGGCGUCGUAUUCAAAGUGAAUGAGGUCUCUGUGCAGUUGGCGCUGGGGAACCGGGCGACAGGCCCUCGGUGGGCGUUCGCGCGCAAGUUUCCGCAGCCAUUUGCUCUCUCGAAAAUCCGCGACUUCGUCUUCUCCGUCGGCCAGUUCGGCUCCGUCCACGUAGUCGCUGCACUGGAACCUGUCCGCUUUGGAAACCUCACGGUUUGCCGCGCUUCAGUCGGCACCCUCGAGACGCUCUCGCGCCGCCAGCUAGCCGUCGGAGACGAGGUGUACGUACACCUGAGCGGGCACACGACGCCAUUGAUUGUCGGAAUCAAGGAGGCUCUCGGGGGGUCUCUGGAAGGCCGCGGCUCCCGCGCUGGUUGCGAGGCAUGGCGUCUGAGGAAGAACGGAGGAGAAACGCGGUCCGAGCGACCACAGGCAGAAGAAGCGAACGAGAAGGAAAUCUGUUUUCUCUCUGAAUCCGUCUGCGCGUCCCAUUCUCGAAGCCAAGGCACAGAGGGUGGCACAGCAGGCGUUCAGAGCAGACACAGAGAGUGCAAUCUGAUCGACAAAGAAACCUGUCGAGAUCGGACGUCUGCCUCCGGCCUUUUGCUCGGGUCACCUGCAGCAGCUGAGCACACUCCUGGCAGUUUCCCUACCUCUCCUGUUCUCUCAACGAGUUCGAGACCUGAAGCGACAGACAACGCGUCGAGAGCCGAGAGAGGCAGCGGAGAAGUCCAGAAAUCAACGGCUUCUCUUCUCCCGAGCAACUUGUCUUGUCCGUCCUGUGGAAGUCCUCUUGUGUUUGUUCCCGUGCAACCGAUAUCUCCGAAAUCUCGCGAGUUUAACUCGACUAAAGUUCAUUCUUCCGCAUCGCCCUCCUCCAAUGGUUCCCCGUCCUCCUCUCCCUCUACUUCUUCUCCAUCUCAUUCGACUGGACCUUCCUAUUCUUCUUCCUCGGGGUGUCGUCCCGCUGGGCUUUCGUCUGCUUCUCCACUUCCUGCUUCGUCUGCGCCUCUCGAAGGAGGUCGCCUUCGUUGCGCUCGCGGCAGAGGCUGUCCUGCUCAAGUUGCGCGUUUGCUGCUCCGACUCCUCGACCGCUCUUGUCUGAAUGUGAGGGCUCCUUCAACCUCUUUUCUUUUCCACUUGCAUGCCAGCGGCCUUCUGCACAGACCCUCCGACUUUCUGCGCCUCUGUUUUCUCUACCACGAGAAGCGGGACCUGAUCUUCUCUUCAGGCGAGGCGCCCGCAGCGCAGAAACCUGGACGGGGAGAAAAGAGAAGAAAUUGCAAGAGGAUGGUGGCAGGCCCAACAGAAGAAGCGACCACGGCCUCUCACCUCACGUCGGCCUCCCUCUCUGUCGUCAAUGGAAGUACUCGACGCGAGAACGCAUUUGCACCGCGUUCUGUUGAUCCAAAACUCUCGGCACAGCUCGCGAGACCUGUCCAUACACUACAGAGCGUCGACGAGGAAAUUGAACGCCUCCCUUCGCUUUUUGAGGUCUGCAACUCGACCCAAAUCCGGUCUCCCCCUGUCGUCCUGAGGAAGACGGCGGCCGACGACCCUCGAAUCGUCCCCAAGCUGCUGGGCCUGAAGAUGCCUCCUCCGUCUGUCGCUGCAGCCCGCCCUGUGGCGCCUCGGCGUAUAUUCGGAGAAGAACAUGUCGAAGCGUACGCGGCCUCCGAGAGCCUGUCGACGCAGCGGAGACACGGAGGGCGCUCGGGGAUUCCGCUUCUUCGCGGAUGGGAGAGUUUAGUGAAGCGAGUCGUUGCGAGGUGCCAGGAAAGGCUGCCUCUGCAUGCAUUGAUUUUCGCGCUUUCCAUCGAGCGACUCGGACUCCAGGGCGCGCAGCAAAUAUCCCGCGUUUGUGGUGAGGACCUCACAGGCUUUCUCCACUUUCUCAGGUGGCUUAGGGACUCAGAGACGAGAGGCCAACGUCUCGAACGAGGAGAAAAGGGAGAGUGCUCAAGUGAUGAUGCAGAAGCAGAGGGAGAAGGAUCGAAAGAAGGACAAGAACAAGACGAGGCCGACGGACUUGACGGAAAGACGAAUGGGUUUCGAGGGGAGAUCGAAAGCGAAAAAGACACCAGGUCGUCCGGCCGCGAACUCCGCAGGAUUGAGGAUGAAGAACUCUCUGUGUCUUGUGCGUCGCGCUCGCUUUUGUCUCCACUGAACUCUGUCGCAUUCUCAGCCGCUUCGCGAUCGUCUCUUUCGUCGUCUUCUUCUUCGUCUCUGUCUGUCUCGACAUCCCCGCUUGCAGCUUGUCUCGACGGGGACUACGAAUCGAAUCUCUCUCCCGCUGCUGUUUUCGGAGCGCUUCCAGAGACACCUGCAGAAAUGAAGCUUUCCUUUCGCUCUCUGCCGGAGUCGCUGCGAUCUCGUCUUGCCCUCGUUUUCGCAGAUGACGACACGGUCCGCGAGUUGCUUCGGCUCGCUCUCUAUUGUGGAGGAGGCAUCGCCUCGCUUCCUCCGCUUGGUCCCCCUGUCUCCCUCAAGGCGCUCUUCGACUGUUCCUCCACCGCGUCUUCCUUUUCGUCGCCUUCUCCACCUCGCGAUUCUUGUGGUACCUCCUUCAAGUCUUCCGAUUCAUCCGUCUCUCCUUCCUCUCCUUCCUGCUCCUCCGCUUCUCCUUCCUCUUCCUCUGGUUCGUCUUCGCUGUCCCCGCUGGUUGUGCCGGCAUCGUCGUCGUAGGCUGGUCUCUGUCAGUGUGCUCUGCCUUAUUUCCAGGCUCCUGUUCAUCUCCGCGCGCCUCGUCUGGUUCCCCGCUCUCUGCCCCGCCGAGGAGACAGCAGUGAAACGCGCCUGGAACAGGCACAUCGCCUGCUGUGGACUGUCAGAGUCUUUUCAGGAGCUGCAACGCCGGGCGUCAGCUUAUAGUCGGGGCCGGGCACCGGUUGGAGGACUCCACAUGCAAACGUGUUCUCGUCUCUUUUUUGUCACUGCCGCUCUCAGGCGCUUCUGUCUCAGAUGCAAACGUGAUCUUGUGUACG